AUGAGCAUGAUGAUGGUCUUCCAGAACACCAUGAGCUCGCCCUUGUUCACAGAAGCAUGGACACCUAGCAACACUGGUGCCUACGCCGGCACCUGCAUCUUCCUGAUCGUCCUCGCCAUCGUCCUCCGGGGCCUCCUGGCAGCCAAAGCGAUCCAGGAGUCGCGGUGGCUCGACCGCGAACUCAACAGGAGGUUCAUAGCCGUCGAAGGCAAGCUGCCAAUCUCCGAGCAGAUCUCGCGCGACAGCCUGGCCAAGAGGAUGACCCUGACCGAGAAUGGUGUCGAGGAGGAUGUCAUGGUUGUGAAGAAGAGGACCACCGCGGUCCGGCCCUGGAGACUAUCCGUCGAUCCCAUUCGCGCUUUGAUCGACACGGUCAUUGCUGGUGUUAGCUACCUUCUCAUGUUGGCGGUCAUGACGAUGAACGUCGGCUAUUUCCUCUCGGUGCUUGCGGGUAUCUUCGUCGGUAGCUUGCUAGUCGGCCGUUAUGCUACCGGUUUCGAGCACUAG